GCUUUUAAUGUGUUAAACAUGUAAUCAACACUUUAGAAGCAGAGUUUUGGUUGAUCAUAUAACAUUCCCAUUAUAAAUGAAGUAUCUUUUGUACUGUCUGUUUGUAUUCUAUGGUUUUUGCUUGGUGUAGAAUGGACAUGUUUAUGAGUGUUGAAUUGUUCUAAGUAUUCAAGUCUCCUGGCAAAGCUAUGGAAACCGGAAAAGGCCCAGCGAGUGGUCCAAAGAAAACACCUUUCACGCCUAAGGCUAUCAUAUACCAGAGAUUUGGUACUAAAGCUUGCUAUAAGGUCGAGGAAGUUCAAGAGGUUGUACAAAAUGGAUGUCCUGGUUUAGCGAUUCCUCAGAAAGGUCCUUGCCUCUAUCGCUGUUCUCUGCAACUUCCAGAAUUUUCGGUAGUCUCUGAAACCUUCAAGAGAAAGAAGGAUGCUGAGCAAUCUGCUGCUGAGAAGGCUAUACAAGAGCUAGGAAUCCAGCCUAAGGAAGAUAACCUCACUGUGGAGCAAGCAUGGAAUGAGCUGACUGCUCGACUAUCAUAUUUGUUUUCGAUUGAGUUCCUGUCUGCAAUUCAUCCGCUUAGCGGUCACUUCAGAGCAGCGUUGGCGAGAGAAGGCCACCUCAAUGGGUUUAUUCCUGUUGCAGCUAUUGCCACAUUUGAUGCAAAGACUAAUAGCUUAUGUAAAUAUAUAAAUUCUGAAGUGGAAUCAAAUCACUUGUUGGUGAUGUCACUUAUUAUUGAAGCUGCAAAGAGAUUAGCAGAUACUCUCUUUUUCUCUGAAGAGAAGCUUUCAUUGAAGAGGCUAACUCCACACCCUCCUGAGAUUAUACAGUCUUUACUAAAUAAAUCUAAUUUACCAGAGAGCAUUUCAAUUGAAGCAGUACGUAUUCCAUCGUCAACAAAGCAGACCGUGGAAUCUUUGAUGCUUAAUGCCUCUUUUGGCAAUUAUUACUUGGAUGCUAUUGCGAAGGAACUAGGGGUUGAGGAUGCUUCUAAGAUUAUGAUUUCUAGGACUAUUGGUAAAGCUUCCUCAGAAAUGAGGUUGUACUUCUGUGCUCCAGAGUCCAUAACGAUUGGCCCAUCAUCGGAGUUAUAUAUGAAACAAGCUAGUUCAUUUAAAGUGUAUUCCAAUGCCGUCGCGACCUACCUAUCUGGUCAAGAAAUCUGUGGUGAUGCAAUUUUGGCAUCUGUAGGAUACACAUGGAAAUCUACUGAUCUUUUUUAUGAAGAUUUACCUUUGCGUGCAUAUUACAGAAUACUUGCCAACAAGAUACCUAGUGGAAUUUACAAGUUGUCGAGAGAAGCGAUGCUUGCCGCAGAACUGCCCACAGCAUUCACAACAAGGAGCAAUUGGAGGGGUUCUGUUCCAAGAGAUAUUCUCUUUACAUUUUGCCGCCAUCAUCGAUUAUCUGAACCUGUCUUUUCAAGCGAUUCCAUUGAACCUCUGCCAGAUUUACCUGGACGCAAAAGAUUGAGGGAUGCAGCAUCAGGUGGAAACGAAACUAAUGAAGGGGGUCUUGCUGCUACUGCUGUAGCACAAGAAGGGUGUACUCUAGUUUACAGAUGUACAGUGAAGAUAUACUCCAAGUGCCAGGACUUGAUUCUGCUGUGUUCACCAAAGGAAUCUUAUAAGAAACAGAAUGAUGCAAUUCAUAAUGCUGCUUUAAAAGUUCUCUUAUGGUUGGAUAGAUUUCUUGAUAAAGUUGAUAUGUCUGUGGAAGAGAUGACAUCAUCUGCAAAGGGAUUUGAUAUUCUUAUUUAUCCUCAACAGUUUGUUAAGGAGUUCUCAUUAUGUCAAAUUUUGCCCAAAUAUCGGUGGAGCAGUGCAACAGUAGCAGGCAGCUUUUUGUGUCCUAGCUAUUCUAAUGUACAGAAUAACAAUCUUGAAGAUGAAGCAUCAUCUGGAAUGACUCCGUCUAGUGGUUCUUUGGUGUGUGUGACUUACAACAUAUAUUUAGCCACGGAAAAGGAAUGCAUUAAGGAACAUCUUGAAGGGUCCAAAGAGUUUGAGUUUGAGAUUGGCAGUGGAGCCGUAUCACCUGUUCUUGAAGCAGUUGUAACACAGAUGUCUGUUGAUCAGUCUGCAUGUUUUACUAUGGAAUUGCCUUCCAAAGAGAUCCUUCUGGCAGUGGCUCAUGAUUCUGCAAAUAUCCUUUCAUUAUUGUCUUCAGGUACUUGCUUAAUGAAGUGUGAAGUCACUUUGUUGCGGGUGACAGUACCCCUGGAGGAUAGAAUGGAACAAGCCUUAUUCUCUCCCCCAUUAUCAAAACAACGCGUUGAAUAUGCAUUGCAGCACAUUAGAGAAUCUAGUGCUUCCUCUUUGGUUGAUUUUGGAUGUGGUUCUGGAAGUCUGCUGGAGUCUUUAUUAGCUUAUCAGACCUCUCUUGAUAAAAUAGUAGGCGUUGAUAUUUCACAGAGAGCUCUUGCUCGUGCUGCAAAGAUACUUCAUUCAAAACUCAAUGGAAAUACCGAAGCUGAACAACCGACCAACGGAAUCAAGUCUGCAAUACUUUACAAGGGUUCAAUUUUGACUUGCGAUUCUCGGUUAUGUGGAUAUGACAUUGCAACCUGCUUGGAGGUGAUUGAACACAUGGAGGAACAUGAUGCAUGUUCAUUUGGGGAUAUUGUGCUCAGUUCAUUUUGUCCACAGCUUCUUAUAGUCUCCACUCCCAAUUAUGAAUACAAUGUGAUUCUCCAGAAAUCUACUCCCCAGUACCAGGAAGAGGACCCAGAUGAGAAGAGCCAGCAGCAAUCUUGCAAAUUCCGCAAUCACGAUCACAAGUUCGAGUGGACUAGACAGCAAUUCUGCCAAUGGGCAUCUGACCUAGCUUUAAGGCAUAAUUAUGAUGUUGAGUUCAGCGGCGUUGGAGGAGAGCUUAACAAAGAACCAGGAUUUGCAUCCCAGAUUGCUGUUUUUAGAAGAAGAGAUAGCAGUCCCGUGAAUGCAGAUUUUACUGAACACUAUGAUGUUAUUUGGGAAUGGAGUAGUAGCAAUAAUUCAAGAUCUUAACUGUAGAUGCUUUCUAACAAACUCAUUUUUGCUGCAUUUUGGUUAGUGAUGGGGAUUCCAGAAGCUAUAGAAAUCUGCUCCUCCAUUAAUAGAAAAGAUUUGCUUCACCAUUUCUUCUGCUUAUACUAAGUGCCGACUGUUCCCUUA